CGAACGUAUGUAUGCAUUACGUACCCAAAAUUCAACAUCUCUCACCACCGUAGUAAACAUACACCGCCAAAAUGUCUGGAGAAACGCACUCGCCGACACCGCAGGACUCAAAAUGCAACGGUUCAAAACAGCACAUCAUGGUGUUUCCAUAUCCAGCACAAGGUCACUUGCUUCCUCUUCUCGACUUAACCCAUCAACUUUGUCUGCAUGGCGACAUCACUGUCUCAAUCAUCGUAACACCUAAAAACCUUCCUUACCUCUCUCCUCUUCUCACCGCUCAUCCAUCCGCCGUCUCCGCCGUCACUUUUCUUUUCCCGGAGAAUCCUUCUCUCCCUCCUGGCGUUGAAAACGUCAAAGACACCGGUGCUUCGGGAAACCCUCUGAUUAUGGCUUCUCUUCGUCAGCUUCGAGAGCCUAUCAUCAACUGGAUAAGUUCUCAUCCGAAUCCUCCUGUCGCCAUCAUCUCUGACUUCUUUCUUGGAUGGACCAACGAUCUCGGUAUCCCUCGCUUCGCUUUCUUUAGCUCCGGAGCAUUCUUAGCUUCGACUCUCCAUUUUUUCUCUGACAAGAUUCAUCUAUUGGAGUCAAAUGAGCCGGUCUGUUUCUCGGAUCUUCCUCGUUCCCCUGUUUUCAAGACAGAACAUCUCCCGGCUUUGGUCCCACAGUCUCCGUUAUCGCAAGAUCUCGAGACUUUUAGAGAAACGACCAUGAAUUUCUCGAGCUACGGUUGUAUUUUCAAUUCUUGUGAGUGUCUGGAAGAGGAGUACAUGGAGUAUGUGAAGCUGAGAACGGGCCAUGACCGUGUUUUCGGUGUUGGUCCGCUUCCUCCAAUCGAGUUAGGUAAGGGAAACUCCUUUUCCAGUGUAGACGUGGAGGCCUUGAUGAGUUGGCUCGAUGGAUGUCCAGACGGAUCUGUGCUCUACAUCUGCGUUGGAAGCCAAAAAGUGUUGAGUAAAGACCAGUGUGAUGCUCUGGCUCUUGGACUUGAAAAGAGCAUGACCAGGUUUGUGUGGGUGGCUAAGGCAGACCCGAUACCGGAUGGGUUUGAGGAUCGGGUUGCGGGUCGAGGAAUGGUUGUUAGAGGGUGGGCUCCUCAGGUGGCUGUGUUGAACCACGUAGCGGUUGGUGGGUUUUUGAGCCAUUGUGGAUGGAACUCGGUUGUGGAAGCAGUGGCUAGCGGAACCAUGAUCUUGGCUUGGCCCCUGGAGGCAGAUCAGUUUGUGGAUGCAAGGUUGCUGGUGGAGCAUAUGGGUGUGGCUGUUACGGUCUGUGAAGGGGGAGAGACUGUGCCGAACCCGCAUGAGCUAGGUAGGGUUCUAGCUGAAACAAUGGGUGAGUGCGGACGCGAGGUGCGUGGUCGGGCUAAGGAGAUGGGACAGAAGGCAAGAGCUGCGACUGAAGCAGGAGGAAGCUCUAAUGCAGAUUUGGAGAGACUUGUAAAAGAAUUGGCCUCUUUAUAAAGUCAUCUUGUUGCUGGAUAUCAGAAGCAGCCUCAUAGUAGUCCUCAUGAUCUCCCCCAAAGUUAUCAAUCCCACAAGGAAUAUGACCAUUUCCAAAAGCCUUGACGUGGUCCUUAAGAGACCUCUUGUGCUUAAAAUCCGAGCCACAAGAGCAAUACCAAAGCUUACCACAAUUCUUCUCAUGCGUUCUCCAAUCUCCUUUCACUGCAAAGGCUUUGCCACACCUGCGACAAGCAAAAGGUCUAGACCCGUGUUUACGUUUGUAAUGUGUUUGGAGGGUUCGAAAGUCCUUGAGAGGCUUGGUUCGUGGGUGGUCAAUAUUGUUCUUGCAGCCUGGUGCACAGCAGUAACAUGGUAGUCUUAGCAUUCCUGUUGGUUGGGUUCCUCUUAAGGACUCUGGUCCCUUUCUGUACUGUGAGCCGUGACCCCACAUGUGCAUCUGCCAUUAACAAAACGGUUUCCAUGUCAUAAAUCAUAAGCGAAUCAUCAGUCUUAGAAAGUGUUAGUUUUAAAUCUAGGCCACGUGCUAUUGUGGUGGUCGGUGGGUAUUGUGACACUAUGCAUUAUUGGAUUUGUUCAAACAAAAGUAUUUGUAUAUAUGUUUACCAAUAAUUAGUUAACAUAAUCUAAUUAUUUUAUCAA